AUGAGCUUAGAUUUGAAAUACUGGAAAAAUCUUAGCACCCAAAUGAAAGGCUAUUCUACCUGCAUAUGUACGUCACCUUCGUCGUCGGAAGACAUAUUCCGCAUUUGUGGGGGUGGGGGUUUAUCUGGAAUAUGUCUAAACCCAGCCUACCUCGCACGAUCUGAAGUUUGCCAUCUUCCACUGAAUGAUACCCGUCCUACCGCGAUUGCAGCGGAAGUUGCUGGGUCUCGAAUUUUAGAAGUUUCAGGGUUAAUCCCUCACAUGCAAACAUUGCAAGUUGCCGGGCAAUAUCGAGAACGUGGGAAACGGUCUCAGUUGGGAGAACACGAAGUCACACCGUUUCAAAGCUUCUGCGCAGCUGCGGACUGCGGAUAUGGCUCCAAUAAUCCGGAGACAAACUCAUUUCGGGCCAUGUUUUGGCAUUGA